AGAGGUUGCCAAUAAUGAAAAAAAUACCACAAUAGACAAUCACACGGAUAAAUCACAGUAAAUCUAAUUGUCUUUUAUGGUGUUUAUCGCCACAUUGUCCAAUCCUACUUUAUAUUGUAAUAGGGCUGGCUGAUAAUCGUCUGAUAUUAAAUCAUAAAUGGAGAUAUCCUCAUGAACAAUUAGCUCGUCUAAAUCGAUAAUGAGCACAUGACUCAAAUUUCUAAGAAUCGGAUUAUUUUGCACAUAAAUUCUUAAUCAAAUGAGAAAAUACUUUUCAUUUGUCAAGUAUUUAAUUCACACAACAGUAUCCAAAACGAUGUGGUUAUUUCAUAUUGACUUUAUUUUUAUUGAAUAUCGCCCCGUCUUAAUUGUAAUAUUGUAAUCACGUGAAAGUCAGCAGAGUUUUAGUGGCACACUGUUGUCACCUGAUAGUAAGCUGAUUAUCAUAAAGAGUAGAGGUACAGUACGUCCAGCAUGUGAGGCAUGACAUCACAUGUUCCUUUUGUUGUGUUCUUGAUAUAUUUCAUGUAUUUAUCAUAGCUAUAUUAUUUCACUUAUUCCCAGCAGACGAGUAUAUUUCAACCCUUAAGUUGACUAGUUUAUGUGCUGCAGUGGCUGCCAGUCUAAAAGACUGAAUGGUUUCAAAGUCCAUCCAGCUGGUUCUGAAUCAGUCAGUGGAAGCCAUUGUCCUAAAUACUGAAACACGCUGCUGCAGUCUAGCUGUUCAGGCCACACACACACGAGGACACACACACACACACACACACACACACACACACACACACACACACACACACAGAAACCGAAAGUCCUUGUCCAGAUAAUCUCCAAGCUGCAAACACGUAUCUAUAAAAUGGAGUUGUGUCCUCCACAGUAAUUACAGGUGCUGAGCCGAGGUGCGAGCGCCUAAUGACAGUCACAUGACUCACACUGACAUUGACCUACAGGGAUGAUCAAGAGAAAACAGAGGCAUCACUGAGCAGUAAAGUGGCACGCUCAAAUAGUGACAUUCUACUUUAAAUAGAACUACGGUGGCUGGUUUUAUUGACCCGAAAUUUAUAUUUUUAGUGUAACAGAAACACGCACCCUGUCCGCUCUGCUCUAGUUGCUGCAAUGGAGGGCCUGACUACGUCUCCAUCAGCUCAGGACUCUUUUGAGGAAAAUGGGACAGAGCCGCUGUGUUUAGGGACCGCCUUGCAUUUCCUUUGCAGACUAUUCUGAACAACAGGAGCCGUACUACCGGGACACUGACCUAGAAAGACGCAAAAGGAAAGUAGUGUGUGGUGUCAUUCUGCUCGUAGUUUAGCAGUGUUAGAGGUGUUUUAGAAGGUAAUAAAUGCAGAGUGAUUAUUCAUUAAUGAAGGGUCUUCUCACUGACAGGGGGACACCAUGAACUACGUGGGGCAGCUGGCGGGCCAGGUGCUGGUGACGGUGAAGGAGCUGUAUAAGGGGAUCAAUCAGGCCACUCUGUCGGGCUGCAUCGACGUGAUCGUGGUCCGACAGCCCGACCGGACGUUCCAGUGCUCCCCCUUCCAUGUUCGCUUUGGAAAACUGGGAGUUCUGCGCUCCAGGGAGAAAGUAAUUGACAUAGAAAUCAAUGGGGAACCUGUAGAGCUGCACAUGAAGCUUGGAGACAAUGGAGAGUCCUUUUUUGUCCAGGAGACAGAGCAGCACAACGAGAUUGUUCCAGCCCACCUGGUGACAUCACCCAUCCCCACAGAGGAGGCUCUGCUCAGGAGCAGGGAGCCCAGAUGUGGCGGCUCAGCGUCGGAGAGCAGUCAGCCUCCGAGUCCAGAAGACCCGUCCUCUGGAAACCUCCAACCCGGCUCCAACGCAGCCGGCAAGAAGAAGAGGAGACGCAGAAAAAAGCACAAGGCCGAGUCUCGCAAGGAGGAGCAAAGCACAACUGCAGGCGGGGAGCUGGAGCAGUGUGAGCUCAGUUCAGAUGAGGAGCACAAAGGCAACAAUGGACGGGCAUCUGCACCCUCCACGAUGAAGGGGAAUAUGGACCACAGGCAACAUUCCCACCUGACGGCCCUCGAAUGGGACAGCUACCCUUUUUCUGAUGGAGACUGGUCCCCUUGCACCGACAGGGAGAUGUCGGAGUCCACGUCGCCCAAGAGUGACUCUGAGCUGAUGGUGAAGCCGGCAGAGAGCAUGCUCAGGGCCGAGUCCCACAUGCAGUGGACCUGGGGAGAGUUUCCAGAAUCCACCAGGGUCAAUAAAAAGGACAAAUCAGAGCCAAAGAUGUUGACCAUCACUCCCUCUGAGAACACACAUUUCAGGGUUAUCUUGAGCACAGAAGCCAUGGAGGAAAGGGAAGGAGAGAGAACCACAGAUCUCAUUUGCAGUAUUAUAAAGCCAGAGCCACGGACUGUUAAAAUUGAUCAGUGCAUCUGCAAGCCGCUGCCCUCCGAAGCUCCGUUGCCCAAUACGGACAUCGCCAAGCACAAGCCGGACCUUUCAGAUUUAAGGUCCAGCAGUUUUACAUCCGAGCCAUGUCCCACUACCUCUGACCUCAGCCCAAACACCGCACACACGACCAGGUGGAAGUCUUCGCCGCCCAGCCGCAGGGACAGCGGCUCUGCUGGCGGCGAAGCCAGUAACAUAGCUGGAGACUCGGUUUGUCCUGAUGCCUCCUCGAAAACCAGCGACUCGCCCGUCAAGAAGAGAGGUGUGAGGAAGAGGAGCCAACAUCAGGGGCCUGAAGACAUUUACCUGGAUGACCUGAAUGCACUUGACCCUGAUGUUGUUGCCCGGUACUUCCCAAAAAGCGAGUCGGAUCAGGUUCCUAAACACUGGGACGAGAUGGGGCGGCGCUCUGGAACCCAGUCUCCCCAGUCUGUUGGCAGCGCAGCAGCAGACAGCGGCACCGAGUGUCUGUCGGACUCUGCUGGUGACCUCCCUGACGUCACGCUGUCGCUGUGUGGAGGUGUUGGUGAGAACUCGGAGAUCCCUAAAGAGAAAUUCAUGGAUCACAUCAUCACCUACAAUGAAUUUGCAGAGAAUCCAGCAAUAAUCGACAAUCCCAAUUUGGUGGUUAGAAUUGCAAACAGAUAUUACAACUGGACUCUGGCAGCACCGUUGAUACUUAGUAUGCAGGCUUUUCAGAAGAACUUGCCAAAGGCUACUGAGGAGGCCUGGGUGAAGGAGAAAAUGCCCAAGAAGUCUGGACGCUGGUGGUUCUGGAGAAAGAGCAGCGUGAAGCAGUUAUCAUCAGAGACCAAGUCAGAGCAACAGGAGUCUGUGACCAGAGAGAGCCCUGCCCUUCACCAGGCCCCAGAAACACAGCAGAAAGCAGCAGAAUGGUCCAGCGACGAUGAGACUAAAGAGCUGAACGCUGUGGCUCCUGCUCCGACACCUACUGAGCACGUGCAGCCAGAAGACCCGGCACCGGCGCCAGCUUUUCACUCCUACAAGAAGUCCCUCCGCCUGUCGUCUGACCAGAUAGCCACCCUGAAGCUAAGAGAGGGGCCCAAUGACGUCACCUUCAGCAUAACCACUCAGUACCAGGGGACGUGUCGCUGCGAGGGCACCAUCUACCUGUGGAGCUGGGACGACAAGGUCAUCAUCUCCGACAUCGACGGCACCAUCACCAAAUCAGAUGUGUUCGGUCAGAUUCUCCCUCAGCUCGGGAAAGACUGGACUCAUCAAGGCAUCGCUAAGCUUUACCACUCCGUGCACGAGAAUGGCUACAAGUUCCUGUACUGUUCGGCCCGAGCAAUUGGGAUGGCCGACAUGACCCGAGGAUAUCUGCACUGGGUGAACGACAGAGGGACUCUCCUGCCUCAAGGACCCCUCAUGCUCUCUCCCAGCAGCCUCUUCUCUGCCUUCCACAGAGAGGUCAUAGAGAAAAAGCCUGAGAAGUUCAAGAUCGAAUGCCUCACGGACAUCAAGAACCUGUUUUUCCCAAACAUGCAUCCCUUCUAUGCAGCCUUUGGAAACAGAGAAAGCGACGUGUUUGCCUACAAGCAAGUGGGCGUGCCUGUGUGCCGGAUAUUCACCGUGAAUCCCAAAGGGGAGCUGAUCCUGGAGCAAGCCAAAGGCAAUAAAACAUCAUACAGCCGGCUGAGUGAGCUGGUAGAGCACGUCUUUCCUUUACGGAGUUCACAACACAACGCCACCUUCAGCUGCCCGGAGUUCAGCUCCUUCUGUUACUGGAGACAGCCGAUCGCUGAGGUGUGUUUGGAGGAGGUGCUUUAACUCAAACUUACAUUGAUGAGUUAAUUACUUGAAAUCAAUGUAACUCGGAGCAUUAAUGACUCAUAAUAUUGAUAAGAUUUUGCAAUUGCCAAUUUUGUAGGCUGCUGCUGGAAUAGUUUUAUAUCGUCUUGGACACAUUCCAUUUCAGAGAGAAACUUUGGGAUAUGAGUGUGUUCCAUAUUUUUACAUGAUCUUCUUAUUUUGGGACUAUUCCCAUCAUGCACUUGUAUUCUUUGUGCUUGAGCUACACACUUAAGAGGUGUAUUUGAAGGUGCCGUUAGCUUUUUGGCACAUAAGAAAGCCAAAGUAUGACAUAUCAGUUCGGUUCUUACCAUUUGCACAGUUUUUUUUUUUGUUACAGUGCUUAUAAGAAGACAUUCCCCAAGCACAAUUUUAGGCUGUGGAGGUGCUAAAACUGGCCACUGGCUCAAUAUGAAGAAAUAAAUAGCAAAAGUUAUACUGAGCUGUAAUAACAAAUACAACGUAAUAUGUAUAGCAGCUAUGUUUUCAUCCAUUUAAGGCCUUAUUCACUCUUUAAUAGUCUUAUUUAAUGUCUUAUGUCUUUGCUUCAAAGCUUAAUGAUUUUGCACUUAUUAUCCUAUAAAGACAAAAAUGUGAAAGUAUUUGGCUCAAGAAAAAAAAAAGCACUUUGUGUACUGUAAAUACUGCUGCUAUUUGGUAUUAAGUAUUCAGUAUAGGCUGACAGUAAAAAACGAUUUUGAUGAAUUAAUCUUUGCUGAUGUGCCAGACUUGUUUUGAUUUUGCCAUUGUGAAAACUACAAUAUAUUAAUGUUACGCCUCUUUUUGUUUUUUGUUCAGCUGUAAGUAACAUUCAACGCAUUCUUUCUAUGAAAGUGAUGAACUUUGAGGAGAACACAGUAUUUUCCUGCUUUCUAUUUGCUAGACAGUGAGAGGUGAGCUCAGGAACCCUGAACUAUUUAAAGUCAUUCAUAGUGUAAAGUAUGAACUCUGUACACAUCACAUUUACUACAUGUAUUGUAUUAAUAUUCAAUUAAACUGUUGAAUCAAA